GCCCUCAGCUGCCUUAUUGCCCUCUUCGGGGCCACAGCUGCCGCCAAGUCUACAGCAGGCCACCUUCGCGCAUCCCUCGCCAGCGAUGCUGCCGCUCCGCAACAGGCCCUUCUCGGCCUCGUUGCCGCCGCGGCCAACGCGAAGGGCGACUCUCACGAAUUCGACAUCUCCUCCUUGGCGACAUUGGCACAGUCCCUCUCCAAGACAGGUGGCAUCGUGGAGACGGUAAACACCAUCAAGGGACUUGUCACUGGCAUGAUGGAGAGCCUCUCUCAAGAAGCUGCCGCA